AAUCUUAAGAGAGCGAAACUGAAAGGGACGAGGACAGAAUCACAUGACCCGGCGCGUCUUUGUCAGUGUGUUUGUGUUUGUGUUCGUUAGUGUGAAGGAGAAUGACACACACGGCUUCAGGCAGAGCAGGGAUGGAUCACGGGGAGGAGUUUGUGGAUAUCCUGGAGGAGAGGAGGCGCAGCUGCGACCUCGGCCAUGCCCUCAGGACCUUCAAUCCGCACCCCUACCAAGGAGGGCCGCCCUGCUCCACGGCUGAGCUCAACAAAGCCGUGCUGGAGUCCCAGUAUCUCCGCUUCGUGGCCGAGGAGAUAGCCAUGGAGACGGGGUCGUCGGUGGUGGAGGUGAGGGAACAGGCUCGCAAGCUUCUGGAGGAAAUGUCUCAAAACCUGCAGCUGAGCUCUAUCCGGCUGAUGAGCUACACCAUCACCAAGGUGGCCAAGAGGCUCUUCAGCAGCAUCUACGUCAACAUGGAGGGCCUGAACAAGCUCCAAAAAGCCACCCAGGAGACGCCUGUCAUCCUGAUGCCCAAUCACAAGAGCUACCUGGACUUCUUAGUCAUCUCCUACAUCCUGUUCACCUACGACAUCCCUGUUCCUGUUAUCGCUUCAGGAAUUCGUCUUGCAGGGAUGAAGAUGGUGGGAGAGAUCCUGCGUCGCUCUGGGGCGUUUUUCAUCCGCCGCGCCAUUGGCUCUGACAAGCUGUACUGGGCAGUGCUGUCGGAAUAUGUCAAAACCAUUGUCAGGUCAGGAUACGCUCCCAUGAAGUUUUACGUGGAAGGGUGGAGGAGUCGCACAUUGAAGUCGCUGACUCCGAAGUUAGGUAUGAUGCACAUGGUGCUGGAGCCCUACUUUAAGAGUGAGGUGUUUGACAUCACACUGGUUCCCAUCAGCAUCAGCUACGACAGGGUGCUGGAGGAGUCGCUGCAUGCCCACGAGUUGCUGGGUGUCCCCAAGCCCAAAGAAACCACCACAAGUCUGCUGAAGUCCACCAAAGUGCUCCAGGAAGAUUACGGCGCCAUGCACGUGAACUUCGGCCAGCCGAUAUCAGUCAGACAGAUGUGUGAGGGCAAGAUCAACCGCUGCCAGUACAACCUCACACCCAGGGAUCUGCCUCAGAAGCCCACUGAGGAGGCUCAGGCCUGUGUGAGCUGGCUGGCUCAUCUCAUGGUGCGGGUCCAGGACGAGGGCUCUGUGAUCAGCCCGUGGUCUCUGAUGGCCUGCAUGUUGCUCCAGGCUCCGAUCACAGCGCUAACGGUGGAGGGCCUGCUGUGGCAUCAGCUCACUGGAAAGACCCUCUGGCUCAGGAAGCUGGUGCUGGACUGCGGAGCUCGUCUGAACUGGCCUGCACAAACCCCUGACUCGGACGUGAUGUCCUCCGCCGUGGCCCUCCAUCGCUCCUUAGUUCAUCAGAAAGCCGGGCGUGUCUACCUGGUUCAGGAGGAGGAGCCGGCGAGGAGGCAUCCAAUCAGCCCACAGGAGAGGGUGAUGAGGACGGCGUCCGCGGUGCUGAUGCUGGCCUCCUACAGGAAUCAGUCGCUGCACGUUUUUGUGCGUCCGGCCCUGGUCGCCACGGCCUUACACAUCACAGAGAGCACACAGAGGGACGAGCUCUUCGCCUUCUACUGCUUCCUGCAGGAGCUCUUCUCCUACGAGUUCGUCUCCAUCCCGGGCGAGUUGUCUCAGGAUUUUGAGGAGGCGUGUUCCCUCCUGAAGAAAUGUGGAGCCGCCCACAUCAACCAGCAGGAAGUGACACCUUCAGAGGGGGGGAUGGAGACGUUAUCGUUCCUGUGGGCUCUCAUUCAACCCUUCAUAGACUCAUACCAGGUGAUGCUCAGGUACCUCUGUGAAGAAGGCGUUCAGGUGCUCACAGAGAAACAGUUCCUACCUGCGGUUAGAAGCCUGGCUACAAGGCUCAUCAUCUCAGGUGAGCUAGACACCUAUGAGGCCCUCUCAUCGGACACCCAGAAAAACCUAUUGCUGGCCCUGCGGCGGCUGGAGGCUGUGACAAAGUCCAGGGCCUCAGAGGAGAACGAAUUCAACGUGAACACAGCUGCCGUCAUAACAAUUGCAGACGUGCUUUCUGGGAAAAUCCCUCCCCAGAUGCUCCAGACGACACCUGACGCAAGACUUUAGUCUCCGUUUGGAACGGAUCCAUCUUCUGGAAUCAGCCCCUAGUCCUGUUAACCUCCUCCUCACCUUCGGUCUGUGCCUUUUCUGCAGCCAUCACCAAUACAACUGCUGAGACAAAAUAUAUCUAUUCAGGAUACGUAGCUUUGCUGCUUUCCAAUCAGUCUGUGGGUUCUCGUUCUCAACCCUAACUUGUCUAAAAGAACAGGGCUAAGAUAAAACACAAAAAAGUGACAUUAUUGCUGAUUUUUUUUAUGGCUAUCAGAGAGAUAAACAUUUUUAGAGAGACACAAAUGUUUGUCUUGGCCUCUAACUUUGACGUACUGAAUGACUAACUUACUUGUCUUAAUAUAUUUGUAGCAUUCUGUCUUUGAUUAAUUAUUUAUUGACAUGCUGACAUAGUAGGUGCAGGUAGAUAGUACCAACUCAACUAUGUACAAACGUCCAUGUAGCGAUCAAGGUCUAAUUACAAUAACGAUGUCAAAUCAAUUAGU